UCACCGCAUCCUGUUCUGUGGGAGUGGGGCCGGGACCGAGCGGUUCACCGCAUCCUGUUCUGCGGGAGUGGGGUCGGGACCGGGAUCCCGCGGUUCACCGCAUCCUGUUCUGCCGGACUGGGGCCAGGACCGGGCGGUUCACCGCAUCCUGUUCUGCGGGAGUGGGGUCGGGACCGGGAUCCCGCGGUUCACCGCAUCCUGUUCUGCCGGACUGGGGCCGGGACCGGGCGGUUCACCGCAUCCUGUUCUGCGGGCGGCGCUGCUGCGGGAGGGGGACCGGGACCGGGCGGUUCGCCGCAUCCUGUUCUGCGGGCGGCGCUGCUGCGGGAGGGGGACCGGGACCGGGCGGUUCGCCGCAUCCUGUUCUGCGGGCGGCGCUGCUGCGGGAGGGGGACCCGCCGGGUCCGGUUCCUGGAGCCGCAGAUCACAGUGAGAGGCGAUGGCCACCACGCCGGUGAGGUCCCCGAGCAUCCAGCAGACGAGCAGGAUGAGGAAGGACGAAUCGUUCCUGGGGAAGCUGGGAGGGACGUUGGCGAGAAAGAAGAAGGCCCGAGAAGUGAGUGACCUACAAGAGGAAGGUAAAAAUGCCAUCAAUGCUCCAUUGUCUCCAACACCCACAGACAUUCAUCCAGAGGACACCAUGCUAGAGGAGAAUGAAGAACGUACUAUGAUUGAGCCAUAUUCCAAGGAAGAACCAAAGUUUAAAGAACUAGUAAAGGUUCUAAUUGACUGGAUUAAUGAUGUCCUUGUUGAAGAAAGAAUAAUAGUGAAGUCACUUGAAGAAGAUCUGUAUGAUGGGCAAGUUCUGCAGAAAUUGCUAGAGAAACUUGCGAGUCGUAAACUGAACGUUGCUGAAGUGACACAGUCUGAAAUAGGGCAGAAACAGAAACUUCAGACAGUGUUGGAAUCUGUAAACAAUCUACUUAGACCUCAAGGAUGGGCAAUCAAAUGGAGUGUUGAUUCAAUCCACACAAAAAACACUGUGGCUAUUCUUCACCUUCUCGUGGCUUUGGCAAUGCAUUUUCGAGCCCCUGUUAGAUUGCCAGAACAUGUCUCUGUGCAGAUGGUGGUUGUGCGGAAGAGAGAAGGGAUACUUCAAACGUCACAUGUUACAGAGGAGUUUACCAGCACUACGGAGAUGAUGAUGGGGAGGUUUGAACGGGAUGCUUUUGAUACACUAUUUGACCAUGCACCUGAUAAACUCAGUGUUGUUAAGAAGUCACUUAUCACCUUUGUGAAUAAACAUCUAAACAAACUCAACUUGGAGGUGACAGAACUGGAGACACAGUUUGCAGAUGGUGUGUACCUGGUGUUGCUUAUGGGACUUCUUGAAGAUUAUUUUGUCCCUCUCUACAACUUUUACCUGACACCAGAAAGUUUUGAACAGAAGGUCCAUAAUGUGUCAUUUUCCUUUGAGCUUAUGCAGGACGGAGGACUUAAGAAACCAAAAGCUCGGCCAGAAGAUGUUGUAAAUUUGGAUCUGAAGUCGACGCUGAGAGUGCUUUACAAUCUAUUCACAAAAUACAAAAAUGUGGAGUGAUUGCCAGAAUAACCAAGAUGUGUUCGGGUGGAAAUAUUACCAUUCAAUUGUCAGGACUGACUCCUAUGUAUCUGUGCCUUACCAAGUUUAUAUUAGUAUUGCUUUCUUGUUUUUUUUAAAGUCUAAGAUAACAUUUUGUGAUUUCUUAAAUGAAGUGUUUUCUGUCUAUCUGGGUCCAUUUCCUCCUCUAAAACCAUCUCUGUAUUUAAUUAGAUGUUACCAUUCUGGUUUACUUAGAGGAGUUUCAAGCAUAAUACUGUUGCACAAUCAGUGGAACUUGACUCCUUUUCCUCCUUUCAUUGUAUGUUAUACAAUAGGCCUCCACUGUCAUAUGCAGCUUCUCUAUGUAGAUUACUUGGCCCUUAAAUGGCCUGAUAUAAUUGCGAUGGAAUGUAUAAUCUCUUCCUUUUGUAACAUUAUGAAGUUUAAGCAGUCAUUACUUCUUUUUGCUAUGAAGGAACACAGACUUCCUUUAUAGCAUAAAAACAUUUCUUUAAAUAUUGAUACCAAUUACAGCUGGAGAAUUGUAUACAGCAAUGAUUGACACACAAGUGAUGGGUAUAAAUGUAAAAGUAGUCCUCUGGGCCAAACUCAAAGUAAACUUUGUGAACAAAGUUGAUACUUUUACUGCAAUACUAUUACCUUCAUGAAACUGAGCUAAGAAUUCUUUCUCCUUGGUCAGCUCGCCUACCAUCCACCCCUUGGCCAGUUGGAAUUAAGAGUAAACAGUGAGGCAAUGAACAUUGUUCUGGUACUGUGGUAUUUUGCUUAGUUCUCUGCUCAAGGCCUUUCAGCUGAAAGAGUGAGCAGACAUCCUUUCAAGUCCAGACUGAUGGCAUUGUCUGUGAUAAAAGGCUCCUUCCCCGGAAUCAAAUAUCUUUGCAGUAGUGCAGAUGAGAUUUAGAACUUGAAGAAGCAGCCGUUUGGACCUCUUGUACAGGGCCGCAGCAUUACUGUAAGCUGGGGUACCUCAUCACAGCACCAAUGUAGUUCAUUCAUCAUUAUUAAUGUAAUCAAAUAAUACUUGUGUGAUUAUUUGCGGUGGGGCAUUGAACAAGAUCAGUAUUUUCCUGUUGUGCAACCUGUCCAUGAUUUUUAGGAACAUGUGCACAGUCCUUAAGAAGGUUGAGAUAAGUAAACGCCUAUCGUGGAAGAAUGACACAUAGCUGAUCCGAGAGGUAAUUGUCAAAAUUAAAUGAAAGGAGAAACAAUUAAUGCAAUGAUGUUAAACUUUUCACCCAAAGGCAUUUACUUUCUCUUCAAAUAUUCGGCAUUUAUGCUAUCUAUUGAGCUUAGGAAAGCCAUGAGUUGCUGCUGCAGUUUCCAAAUUUCACAGAUCAUGAUUUAAUACAACAAUGAGAUAUGAUUUGAGAAUAGUAAUUAAAUACAGACACACAAGACUAAGCUUAAAAGGAAGUUAAUCAUUUCAUUGCAUCGAUAUAUUCUGUUGCAGAAUUUUAUUGACCAUAUAUUACUUUGAAAUAUAGGAAAAGGAAAUGAAAAUAAAUACUACAGGGGAAAAUGAAGAAUUAAUGUCUUCUUCAACCAGAUGGUGGUGCUAUAGCACAAGUAGACUGCAAGAUGCAAUUACACUUUCAAAGAAUUUUGACAUUACAGAGAAUCACCUGUUUUCAGGGUGAUCGUUGUGUCUGGUGUCAAAACUCUAACGCCAGAAGUACUUUGAAAUGGAUUUAUACAACUGGAUGAAAUGUGCUUUAGAGUCAAAAUCUUCCCCUUGAUGACAUUGAUGGAAAGUAAGAAUGCAUUGCUAAAGUUGUGAUAAGGAGAAAUAUCCUCCUUAUAAUCAGUGAUCUUUUCUCGUGUAUAUAGGGUCACAAACAUGUUACCCACUGACCGAGGGGUGGUGUUAAGACUUUCCAAGUUGCACACUUGUAUAGGGUUCUGAUCAGCUCAAGGUUCCUUCAAUGUCAUAAUCCGCUCAACAAUCUAGGGCGAGUCUGAUUUUAGUGCUUGCCUCUUGCCAACUGAUUGAUCAUCCCACAGUCCUGACUAAAGUUGAAGGAAGUGAUAAAAUUAAUUUCUCAUAAACCACAAUUGAAAUUUGAAGGCUUUGUGUGAACCUAGGACCCAAGCAAAACAAACACCUCAAUGGUAGGGAAUAUUUUCAGAAAUUGUAUACUUGCAUGUUAAUAGUUCUAUUUUUCUGCAAAUAUUUGUUUAUGAUGCAUUGUAAACUCCUAUUUGGCAAGUCUUUUUACACUUAUAAUUGAGAAAGGAGUCAAAAAAAUCAAUACUAAAAGACUGACAGGAAAAUAAUCACAAUGCAUCUGGUGCUUGAGCAGUGGAUAAAAAGAUAUUGCUUGCAGUUGCAGCUAAAUUUAAUAAUGUGCAAAACAAGUACCAGGAAUAAUCAUUUUGCAGCCUUGAUAAUUUAUAAAUAACACUUCCUCAGUUGUAAUAAAAUGUUACAAUAGCAUGAUAUUGCCAACUGAGGUGCCAUUUGGAAGUUACUAAUCAACUAUAUGCUUACUUGCUGUGAUAAGCAAUAACUUACUUGAAGUACAUUUUGAAGAGAGUUUUGAAUGUUGCUAAUAAGAUAGCUUAUUAUACAUGGUAUAGUCACUGGACACUUGCAUAUUACUUGAAAUUUGUACAUUGGGACUGCAGGUUCUCUUUCAGAUAUUGCACUGUAUUGACUCAGUGAAAAAAUCAGUAAUGUGUUUUCUUUCUCCCAACUUCUGCUAAAUUUUAAAUAACUUCAGUGUGAGAAAUCAAUUUCUUCAGAAUGUGGGUCACCUUAAGUUUUUUCCAAAGUUAUGCUAUUUCUAUACUAAGCAUCAUGAUGAAUUCUGGCAAAAUGUGUCCAACCCGAAAGAUUAACCUAUUUCUCUUUCAAUGGAUGCUGAUUAAUCUGCUGUGUUUCCAGCAUUUUCUGUUUUUAUUUCAAACAUCAUCACCUCUGAGCUGUUACCUCAUUCUUCUUAAAUUUCACUGUCAUAACUUUGUAUCCUGCUUUGCAUCAGAUCUCACUCGCACAUCAUUCCUGUGCUCAUUUAUCUGCAUCAGCUCUUGAUGCUCUUAAAUUUGACAAUUUUUGCAAUGUAUUUAAGUUGCUCCAAACCUUCAUCCCUCCACAUCUUUGUAAACUACUAAAUGCUCUAUUGCCCACCCACACUUUCAACUCAUCUGACUAAUCUUCUGUCCAUUCACCUGUCCCUGCCUGUCACCUAAAACCUGUUUUCCUGGUCUUGCUGUAGGGCAGUCUGCUUGAUUAUUGUGGGAAUUAUAAAUGUAGCUGAAGAAUUUGGGAUCAUCGGUGUUGAGUUGCACUGUGAAGUGGCACAGCAGGUAGAAAUACUACCUCACAGUUCCAGUGUGUUCAGUCCUGACCUCUGGUGCUGUAUGGGCAGGAUUUGCAUGUUCACCCUUUUUACAGCAUGGGUUUCUCCUGAAUACUCCCAAAGAUGUGCUGGUUGGUAAGCUAAUUGGCUGCUGUAAAUUACUGCUAUUGAAGGUGGGUGGCAGGAGAGCUGAGGGGGGCUGAUGGUUAUGUGAAAAAGAAUAAGUUACUGGAGAAUAGGAUUGCUCUGGGACUCAUCAUGGACUCAUUGAGCCAAUAGGCACCUUCUAUUUCAAAAGGAAAAAAUGAAUGUGCUAGUUUCAGGAGGGAAGAUAAUUGAAACAGCAGUGAUGUUUGCUUCCCAUUAUGCUUCUCUGAUGAAUUUGUAGCAGUUGUUCCUUUCCUCCCUUCCUCCCAAAAAAACUUUCAUAUCUAAUCUGGUUUCAGUCACUCGAAGCUUUUUCCUUUGAGCCAGUGACAGUUUUAGUGGGGCUUCCUUGUGUCACAUUUCAAUGAUGUCAAGAGAAGUUGCUCUUGAUUUCCCCCUUUGGGUAAGAUUUGGUAAAUUUAAGAGCAAUACAGUUUGUGGUUUUAGUAUGAUCAGCAAUCAGCAGAUUGAACCAAAUUACCUGUGGUCUUCACCUGUUCUUGUUUACUUGGGUGAUUCUUGCCAGAAUUAAUCCACGAGUCACUUUAAUGUGGCUGUAAUAUUACUAAAUCUUUUAAAGAAUCCUCAACUUUAUCAAGAUAACUGAUACACAAUAUGUUCUUCAGGAGUACAAAGAAAGGUUUCAGAAUCAUGGAGUAAAUUACCAAUUAUUCAGUUUUGCUGUAGGCUUAAAGUAGCUGAACAUUAAUCUUUGCAGCUGUGUUUACCAAUGGUGUCUGAUUCCUUAAAUGCUCACUUGAAUUACUUUGACACAAAGCUUGAAAGGUUUAGGCAUUAAGAAUAGUUUUAGCUGCCAGAAACAGCUGUAAUUAAAAAUACCAACAAAAUGAUGUCCAAGAAUCUGAUUUUAAUUUUUAACUAAAGUGGGGGGAAAAUCUUUUUAGAAGUUGGAGAAUUUUGAUUAUCUGUGUUUUCUUUAUUCUAGUGUGUAGCUGGUAUGAAUUUUAAUAGCAUCAGGUUAGAUAAUUUUGUUUCCAUAUUAAAUAUCAAGUGCACUGUAUUUAUGAUUAAUUGAAUUUAAGAUUUGGUUGAAUUCAAGCUGAAUUAAUCUUCCUAACCACUGAACUGGAGUAGGAAUCUUGACUUAACGUGGCUUGCUAACUUUGACUUGUAUUCCUUACAGCAUAUUUGCAUUUUUAUUUUGUAAAAAUCAUAUAGAAUCUACUAAGACUUCACUCGGAUAUCAAUGGUACAUUUUAUAGCUGUGAGAGAUAUGUAAGUACUAAUAAAAAUCAAGAGUGUGCAGAUAGCUGGGCUACUGUGCUCUCACCUGCAAUGUCAUGACUGUUUUCCACUGAACAGUGUAAAAACAGACACUUUCUUAACUGAGCAACUGCAUUUUGUAGAGAAGUAUGUGGAUUGCUAAUUUCACUUCAAGGCAUGAGGUGAAGCGCUGUGAACAAAAAGUUGAUGAACGGAGAAAUUCACAUAAUAGUUAUAGUUCAGUAUUAUAAUUUAUUUUAGUUGCCUUUGCUAAGUGAAUUUCAGUGCAACAACCACAAGAACCCCUAUCAUUAACAACCUAACUGGAGUGUUCUAAUGAUUGAAUGGAAGAUUAUAUAAUGCUGCAAUACAUUUUUCAAAGUCAAACUACUAUGAUACACAUGCAGUUUUUGGUCCACAUUAACAAUGUGUAGCAUUAACUGCAAAUGUAAUUUAUUCUUCAAAAAUUGGAGGUCUUCAUAGAAUUAAUAUUUGACCACUGUCUUUAUCAUCGCUGUUACAGUGGUGUCCCUGGAAAACUUGUCUGUGUAUUGUCUUCAAUGCAUUCAUCUAACUUUUCGAUUCUCAUUAUUUCCAUACUCAUUUGGUAGUCAUUAGCCAACAAUUAGCAGAGAGAAGUUCAGUUCUUAGAAAUGUUUUUCAGGCAAUAUCCUUUGGCAUAGGAAUGGGAUUGUCAAGGCCAAAAUUUAUUUUUCUCUAAGUUAGCGUGAUUGAGGGUAGACUUAAAGAAGCAAUGACUUUAGAAUCUAUGCCAGAAUCUAUAGCAUUUUAACUUGGAUGUCCAAAGUUCCAUGCCUCACAUUACUUCUAACCAGUACAUAUCAAAAUGCUUUAAUCAAUUAGGUUAUAUCCAAAGAUUUGAAUUUGAGAUUGUAGCUAUGACUAACAGUAAAUUCUAUCAGACAGAUUUAAAUUCUGAUAGAUUCUAAGUUCUGUGUAUCAAAGUGCUGAAAUAUAUCAUGUUGUGUUAAGAAACUACCGUUCCAUAUCUUGCUGACCAUUAAAUUUGGCCCUACUGGGCCUGCACAUAUUGAGUGCAAAAUAGUUCUAAUUAACAAUAAAUCCAUCUGAUGUAAAAUCCACUUGCACUGUGGUCAGUUUUAAUUGUAGUUUACUGACGUUGGUAGUGGCAAUCUUUGUGCUGCUUUUUGGAUCAAAUACAGGCCUCUGCAACAGUAUACGGUGAACUUUGUUCUACAACUAACCAAUGCUUUAACUUGCAGUUCUUGAUGAUGCUGGAGCAAAAAGGAAGUAUGUUUCUUUCCCCAGUCCUGAGGAAAUCACACAAAUUUAACUGUCGAAAGAAAAUGUAUCACAUUGCUGGAAAACCAUCUAUUUUUUCUCUUUUGGGAAGAAUUUCCAUUUUAUAUUGAACCAUCCUGGAGAAAUGUUUGCCAGUUACUAGAAAAAUAAGGAUGUUGCAGAGUUGUGCCUUAAUUUUAACAGCUGAUAACUUAUUUAAUUUCAUGUAACUUUCAAUGUAAAUGAGUUGUCAUAUUGUUUAAAAUUAUUUGGUUAUGUUUUGUCUUCAAGAUGAUACAACCUUAUGUAUAAAAUCAGUAUGGGUUUGCAUGAGUAUGGAAGAAAUAUGAGGAGCAUACAAAACUAUGGUCUUGUGAAAGAAAAUUGAUGCAGGCAUGGUUGUCAAAGAUUAACAGUUAUUUAUUCUAAUAAAUGUUUACUAGCAGCCAUAUGUUGCUGUUUGCUUAUUAAAAUCCCACUGGCCUUGCACUUUGCCAGCUAAGAUAUGUGCUUCACUUGUCAAUGUAAUCAAAGCAUUUCAGAGUGAAGGAAAUGAAUAAACAGACCAUUGAUAUGCA